CUCUUUUCCCCUCUCCCUCCCUCCUCUCCAUUCUCCACCCCUCCACCAGCUCCCGCGGUGCAGGGAGAGAUUUGGGGAGGACUAAGCGUGGCGAGAGGGACACUUGGAGGACUCGGAGGUGUGCGAGUCUGCCGACUGGGCCGUGUGCGAGGAGCCAAGUAUGGAGUGGAGUUACCUGUUGGAAGUCACCUCCCUGAUCGCUGCCUUCUCCCUGCUGCAGCGCUCCAGCGGAGCGGCCGCCGCCUCGGCCAAGGAGCUGUCGUGCCAAGAGAUCACUGUGCCCCUGUGCAAGGGCAUCGGCUACAACUACACCUACAUGCCCAACCAGUUCAAUCACGACACGCAGGACGAAGCGGGCCUGGAGGUGCACCAGUUCUGGCCCCUGGUGGAGAUCCAGUGUUCGCCCGACCUCAAGUUCUUCCUGUGCAGCAUGUACACGCCGAUCUGCCUGGAGGACUACAAGAAGCCGCUGCCGCCCUGCCGCUCUGUGUGCGAGCGAGCUAAGGCCGGCUGCGCCCCGCUCAUGCGCCAGUACGGCUUCGCAUGGCCGGACCGGAUGCGCUGUGACCGGCUGCCCGAGCAGGGCAACCCAGACACCCUGUGCAUGGACUACAACCGCACCGACCUCACCACCGCCUCGCCCAGCCAGCCACACCACCACCACCCGCCGCCGCCGCCACCCCCUCUGCCUGGCGAGCAGCCGCCCCCGGGCUCCGGGCACCACCGGCCCCCGGGGGGCCGGCCCCCGCACCGGGGCAACGGCGGCGGCAAGAGCUCGGAGGCUCCCGCUCCCCCUUCCCGGGGCGGAGGCGGGAAAUCCCGGGCCCCUGGCGGCGGCUCCUCCCCCUGUGAGCCGGGCUGCCAGUGCCGUGCGCCCAUGGUGUCUGUGUCCAGCGAGCGGCACCCUCUGUACAACCGGGUCAAGACGGGGCAGAUCGCCAACUGCGCCCUGCCCUGCCACAACCCUUUCUUUAGCCAGGACGAGCGCGCCUUCACCGUUUUUUGGAUCGGCCUCUGGUCGGUGCUCUGCUUCGUCUCCACCUUCGCCACUGUGUCCACCUUCCUCAUCGACAUGGAGCGCUUCAAGUACCCUGAGCGGCCCAUCAUCUUUCUCUCUGCCUGCUACCUCUUCGUCUCAGUUGGCUACCUGGUGCGCCUGGUGGCCGGGCACGAGAAGGUCGCAUGCAGCGGCGGGGCGGCUGGAGCUGGCGGCGCGGGCGGGGCUGGCGGCGGGGCAGGGGCCGCGGGGGCCGCGGCGGGGGCUGCAGGGGGUGCUGGCGGGCGGGGCGAGUAUGAGGAGCUGGGCGCGGUGGAGCAGCACGUGCGCUACGAGACUACGGGCCCGGCGCUGUGCACCGUGGUCUUCCUGCUCGUCUACUUCUUUGGCAUGGCCAGCUCCAUCUGGUGGGUGAUCCUAUCGCUCACCUGGUUCCUGGCGGCGGGCAUGAAGUGGGGCAACGAGGCCAUCGCGGGCUACUCGCAGUACUUCCACCUGGCUGCCUGGCUGGUGCCCAGUGUCAAGUCCAUCGCGGUGCUGGCGCUCAGCUCGGUGGACGGCGACCCCGUAGCCGGCAUCUGUUACGUGGGCAACCAGAGCCUGGACAACCUGCGGGGCUUCGUGCUAGCGCCGCUGGUCAUCUACCUCUUCAUCGGCACCAUGUUCCUGCUAGCUGGCUUCGUGUCGCUCUUCCGCAUCCGUUCGGUCAUCAAGCAGCAGGGAGGCCCGACCAAGACGCACAAGCUGGAGAAGCUCAUGAUCCGCCUGGGCCUCUUCACCGUUCUCUACACCGUGCCGGCCGCCGUCGUGGUAGCUUGCCUCUUCUACGAGCAGCACAACCGCCCCCGCUGGGAGGCCACCCACAACUGCCCCUGCCUGCGGGACCUGCAGCCGGACCAGGCCCGCCGGCCGGACUACGCAGUCUUCAUGCUCAAGUACUUUAUGUGCCUCGUGGUGGGCAUCACCUCGGGGGUGUGGGUCUGGUCUGGAAAGACGCUGGAGUCGUGGCGGGCCCUGUGCACCCGCUGCUGCUGGGCCAGCAAGGGAGCUGGCCCGGGCGGAGGAGCCGCAGCAGCCGCCGUGGGCGCAGGAGGAGGGGGGGGAGGAGGAGGAGGAGUAGGGGGAGGUGGCGGCGGGGGAGGAGGAGUGGGAGGCGGAGGAAUGGGAGGAGGGGGCUCUAUGUACAGCGAUGUCAGCACGGGCUUGACGUGGAGAUCGGGUACCGCCAGCUCGGUGUCCUAUCCCAAACAAAUGCCAUUAUCCCAGGUCUAGAAGGGGGGCGGCAGUGGGCAAAAAGAGAAAAAAAAAAAAAAGAAAGGAGAGAACUUCACGGAAAAGGACUAGGCGAGGGUGAGAAGAAGAGGGGAGAAGGGACCUUUGACUGUCAGAAGUUCCCACCCCCACCCCCCUUCCCUGUGUUGAUUGCUAUUAGCAUGAUAAUGAAGUCUUAAUGGUAUCCAUUAGCCGGGACUUAAAUGAUUUGGUUAGAACAAUGUACCUGGCAUUGAAGACUCGCAGACCCGAUCCCCCCCUUUCCUCCAUUUAUAUGCAAGGAACUGUUACUGCAAGGCAAUGUUGAUUUUUUUGUUGUUGUUGGCAAAGAAGGGUGGAUUCAGCCCAAUCUCUAGAACGGAAGGCAAGAAGCUUUCACUCCUGGUCCUGUGCUUCGCCUGGAAACCCAAAGAGCAGCAGCACAUGUCGUUUGAGGGCUGUGUCUUCCUUCCCCCGAUACAUACACUCACUCCCUUACAUAAACUCUUAUGAUUAACACAUCCUAAAGGAGGGAUGAUCACGACCUGAAGGGACUGCAAGGUUUGGGUUUUCUUAAUGACCAGGCAAAUGCCUUAAACAAACAAACAAAACCAUGUCUUAAUUAUACACCCCAAGUAAAUACGGGUUUCUUACAUUAAAGGAUGUAUUUAUAUAAUUAUUUGUUAACUUGUAAAAAUGUGUAAAAUAUGUACAUAUCAAAAGAUAUACUGUCUGUACAUUUUUUUUUGUAAAAAGUUUAGAGGCUACCCCUGUAAGAACAAAUAUGACUAUUCUAUUUUGUCAAUAAAAUGACUUUUGAUAAAUGAUUUCAGCUUUGCCCUCUCCCCCUGCCUGUUCUAAACUGUUACUCUUUAAACUAUUUGCUGAAGGGUAAAGAAAGCAUCAUGCAACAAAAUAAUUUUCUACAUAGUAAAAUUACUGUACGCUGCCCUGAGGGCUGAAGAAGCAUUACCUCUGUUAAGAAACUUGAAUUCCUAAAUUGUUUGCAAAUAAUUAUUGUUUAGCCAGAAUCAAAGCUGAGUCUUUGCACCCUCCAAAUGAUGGUGUUUAUUGCAACAGCUCUAUCCUGUUCUUUGGUUAAUGACAAUCAUGACAGUAGUUACAUAUGUGUAAACUGAAUUCCUGCAAGGCAGUCAUUUACCUUAGGCUUUGUUAUUUAUCCUGUAAAAUGUGACUAAAGUUUAAUAUCCCUACAA